AUGCCCGAUGCGAGGGCCCUUCGCGAUCUCGACUCGGCCCUCACAGCGGCGACAAGGGUCAACGAGCAGAAGGUUUCCUCGCUGCUGAAUUCGCAGAACAGGCUGCGCUGCGAGAACGCCGCGCUGAAGCGCUCCGAGGUCGAGCGCCGGAGGGCUGCCCUCGCCAAAGCAGAGAGGGAGCUCCUGGAGCAGGCAGUCAGCUCUCUGCUUCUUUGCUCGGUCGUUUCUGUUUGGCAGCUUGCAGCACAAAGUGCAGAAGCUUGUAGGCCGACGGGUGGCUUUGCACACGCAAUGCUGCGCGCCGCUGGCCUGGCGUCCCUGCUGUCAGUAUGUUCGGCAUCGUCGAGCGACGCUGUGCUUUGGGGUGGAGCCACCGACAUCGCAACCUGUGUGCUGGCAUCACCGUUCAUCCGCUCGAUGUGCGAUGGGACCCUUGAUGCUCGUCACUUCGCGCAGUACAUGAUACAGGACAUUUCCUGCUACAUGCCUGGUGCUACAGAAGUGCUUCUGUCGCUCUACCAGCGUUCCCUCAAAGAGCACGGUCCCCAGAGCAACUGGACCAUGUUCUUCAAGGAGACCCACGAGAACUACCGGGUCUAUGGAGAAGCCGAAGCCAAAGGCUGGAAUCUGGAGAAGGUGGGCCCCAGCAAGGCAUGCACGGCCUAUGUCGAAUUCCUCCGGCAGACGGCGGAGUCGGAAUCCUUGGCACAGGCGGUGAUCGCCUUCGCCCCCUGCAGUGUGCUUUGGGACUGGCUAGCCGUGAGGAUGAGGCGAUGUGCAGUUCUGGGUAAUGCCUACACCGACUGGAUGAAGGCCCUUCCUCCCACGAAUAAAAAGGCGGAUUUCAAUGCCUGGGAUCCUCUGCUUCAGGAGGCUUUGCAGCGAGACAGAGCACGGUCGCUGCACACUUUUCGCAGCUCGGUGAGUUUGCCUUCAUGA